AUGGCUUCAGAUGUGCAAUCUCCAGGCGUGGAUUUGUCGAGAAUUGCGUCCAUAGAAGGAAAGUUCAGACAUAUAUGCGACUUGAUACCGAUCUCGACUUGGGGUUUCACAGCUGAAGUCCACAAAAAGCUGCGAGAAAGAAAACACAGGAUUGUGAAUCAACAGCUCACAACCAAAGAAAAGCAGAAGCUAACGAAAAACAAAAAGCAGCAAGUUGCACGAAGUGUGGGUGGCAUUUGUAACAAGGUUUCCGAAGUCAUCGAUUUAUUCUCUACUUCUCAUGGAAGGGACACUAAAGUUAAGAAGUCAGUUGAUCCCUCAACUCAACCCAAGUUAGAAGACCGGAAAAAGCAAACAGAGAAAAAAGAAAAGAGGAAGGAAAUACCGUCAGAGCCAAAAACUAGCGCCACUGAAAAUUUAAUCAAGGAGAGCAGUUCAAUUGCGAAGGAAGGGUUACCUUCUGGCAGUGACGACUCUUCUGAUGGCGAAAGCACCGAGCAGCAUGUCGAAAGUGUACCUGUUGUGAAAUCGAAGAAACGACCUUCUUCUCAGCCUACUGCGGUGGAACCGAAGAAAUCUAAGUUCGAUGUGGUUGAGAAGAGAGAAGAAAAAUUGGAAAAGCUCAGGGAGAAGGAACCUGAAAAAGCUGCUGAGCUCGAACAUGACAUCAAAUGGAAACGCGCUCUGAGCAAAGCGCAGGGAAUCAAAAUGAAGGACAACAUGGAGCUGCUGAAGAAAGGUAUGAAGCGCAAAGAGAAAAUGAAGGAGAAACGGAAAGAAAACUGGUCGAAUAGGAGAUUAGGAGUUGAGAAGGAAAAGGCAAAGAGACAAGAAAAACGUGAAGAAAACAUCGGAAAACGAAUAAAUGAUAAGAAAAAGAGGAAAUUGCAGACAAUGAGAAAGAAGGGAAGAGUUUUAUAA